UUCACAUGUAAGAGGUUCAUCUCUCAUUCAGAACAAUGCAAACCUUUGAUCUCUAACACGUGUCAUGGAACACAAUGAUGUCAUCACUCCAACUGACACUUCCAAGGCUGUUUCUACAUGUCAGUCUUUAUGCAUGACGGUGUUUUCCAUAAUGGAUCCUGACCACUCACAUUUGUACACUGUGGAGUUAAACAAAUUAUAUUAUUAAACAAAUAUAUAACAUAAAUACAAAAAAUACUCUAAUUUAGUCUCUUUUCCAGCGCUCUUCAUCGGUAACUUUAGCAUUUCUGAGUGUCCUUGAACGCAUCAAUAAUAGCAGAUGCGUCACACCUAGCCCGGGAGAUUUAUUCUGCUCUGACUUCUGACUUCUGCUAGGUAAGUUUCAGUUUAAAGUGUCAAAUGAACUCUUUAAAAAAAUAUAACACACCGUUUGAGUUUGUUCAUAGACUGUUUACUGGCGUGACAACUGAUAUUUAUUUACACAUUAAAGGAUACAGCUUAGCAGCGUAUCCAGUCUUAGCCCGUUAGCAUUGUGCUAACGGGCUAACAGCUAGCAUCGUUGCGUUAGCCCCAUAGGUUAGCCCGUUAGCAUUGCGCUAACGGGCUAACGCUGCUAGCUAAGUUCAUCUCUCCCUAAACAGUCUCCCCAAAGUGUCAAAUUAACUCUUUUUCAAAGUAUAACACACCGUUUGAGUUGCGCUAAAGUGCCAAGCUUGUCAUGUUGUUUAUAGCAGCUAACUGCAGUUAGCUGUUAGACUACUCCUGUUUAGUUACCAAAGGAUGCUAACAGCCAGUUAUUAAUGCUUAACUUCAGCCUUUAAUUAAACAUGUAACUCUUGUGCUGCAGUGCUUGUGGUGUAGUGGUACUUGUGGGUUAUCUGUUGUCACUGUUGUGUUUUUUUGCAUACUUUUCUAAGUAUGCUAAAUGAAUCUUUGGGACCUGUAUUAACAGCUACGAUCAAGCAGUGAUGUUAAGUAAUUCACUAUAUGUAAUCAUGCACUGUACUUAAGUACAACAUUGAGUGACUUUUACCUUAUUAAAAUAAUUUGCUACUUUGUUCUUGUACCCCACUACAAUUCAAAGGUUAAUAGUGUACUUGCAUCACCUAUUUAACUCUUACAGUCUCUGCAAGUUCAUUGUACUGCACAAGUACUGUUGCAGCUGCUAGCCAGCAAUAAACUAGAUAAGGAUACAUUUUUUAUUUGCAAUUAAUUUAGCUUUUCUUGACGGAUAAAAUCAUAAUGAAAACUGUUACAUGAUUAAUAGUUGUAUUAUUGAUUAACACAUUUGGCUCAAGUGUGCAGUAUUACAUAUUAAAUAGCUUGUGUACAUUAUUGACAGUUAAGGCUAAAUACAGGGAGUUGUAUCUGCUGUUCAACACAUCAUUACAGAAAUAAGACUAAUAUCUUGCUUCCUCUUAUAGACAAGAAGAACACAAAGAAUCUGCGCUUGAUUGGCGAGUAAAGACAAUCUGAAAUGAACAAGAGCACAUCACUAGACUGUGGUUAACUGUUUUAAAAGAUGAAGAAAAUGUGCUCCACAGUUUCCAGACUCAUUUAAGUAAGUUCUCGUUGGGUUUACAAUCGGGGUUAAAACAUUAUUAUUAGCUAAUGUUCUUGUUUUUUUUAUUCAAGGUCUGAAACCACAGCAAAUGUUUUGCCCUUUGACAAGUUUUCAUAUCAAAAUACAUGUUAUUCUACACCUUUUUUUGGAUUUGGGAAGACCUUCAGCAGUUAAGAAUAUAAAACACAUAUUCAUUGUAUUAAAACAAAUCACUAUAAACAUCUGACCUAAAGAAGUAUAUCAUAAUUGCCUUUGCUUCAAACACACUUGGACAAAAACACACGUGUAAAAUGUAAUUCUGCCCGUCUGUGACCGCAGCUGUUCGGUUUUUAUAAACCUCUGUGGGCGUGGCACCCUCUCCAUUGAACUCCCACCUAUUGACUUUUGUGUUGUCUUUCACCGCCAGGACCUGUGCCUGGGGUGAAGAAGCAGAGCAAUGCUGACAGAGCCACGCCUGAGCAACAACACAAGCUGCGGCGCAAAACUAUGUUGCUGGAUCCAAGCAGGUGCUAAGUAUACCAUUUACGCCUUCUAUGAAGGGGACUCGAGGACUGAGAGGGGACUCGAGGACUACUCCGUACACAUCUCUGGACCUGGUUUGUGACGGUGUUGAUCCAUGUGGAAGGGACACAGACACCCCAAGAGGCCCCUGUUUCACCUUUAAGGCGAGACACCCCAGACGGCAGCACAGCAGCAGCAGACAGGAUGGAAGUCCCUGUGUCCUUUGUGCUGGUGCUAGCAUUCAUCUGUCUUAGCCACAGCCUGGAACUACAAAAUGCACUGGACAGGUUGAAAAGGUCUCAGGAACAUGUGGUGUCAGACCCCAGUGACUGUGUGUCCAGGACCAGGCAGCCAGUCUCAGCAAACCCUCACAAUUUUUCUGUGGACAUUCGGAUGCCUGCUGUUGUCCCGGCUGCAUCGGACACUUACCUGUGCACAGCAUUUUCGGUGCCAACUAGUCAAGAUGCUUAUAUUGUGGACUUCAGACCUCAUGCCAGUAUGGACACAGUUCAUCACAUGCUUCUGUUUGGCUGCCUGACUCCCGUGUCCACCAGCAGUUACUGGGACUGUGGAAGUGUACAAGGCACCUGUGAGGAUGAGGCAUCCAUUAUGUACGCCUGGGGGCGGAAUGCACCACCUACUAAAUUACCCAAAGAUGUUGGUUUCAAAGUUGGAAGAAGUUCAGCAAUAUCCCACUUUGUGCUGCAGAUCCAUUAUGGAGAUGUCAGUGCUUUCAGGGACCAUCAUAGAGAUUGCUCAGGACUAACCUUACAGAUGACAUCCAAACCGCAGCCGUUCAUCGCUGGCAUAUACUUGCUUAUGUCUGUGGACACAGUUAUCCUUCCAGGAAAAAAAGAAACAAAUGCAGACAUGGCCUGUGACUACAGUUCAUAUCCAAUCUACCCGUUUGCCUUCAGGACCCACACACACCACCUCGGUAAAGUGGUAAGUGGCUACAGGAUACGAGGCGGGAAGUGGAGCCUGAUUGGGAGACAGUCCCCUCAGCUACCACAGGCUUUCUAUCCUGCUAACAAGGAUGUCAGUGUGAAGUAUGGUGACACCAUUGCAGGCAGAUGUGUGUUUACUGGGGAAGGCAGAACCUCCAAAACAUAUAUUGGGGCUACCUCUGCUGAUGAAAUGUGCAACUUCUACAUAAUGUACUACAUGGACAGCAGACACGCCGUCCCCUACAUGACCUGCAUGGAGCCAGGCUCCAAAGAGCUGUUCCAGCAUAUUCCAGAUGAAGCCAACAUGCCCAUCGCUGUCAGUCCAGCUGAUAUAAACUCUAUGAUGCAUAUGAGGCACUCAACAGAUCAUCAAGAUAACAGAUUGCUGUGGAACGACAACAAAGAGGCUCUGGAUCAGGGUGACCUCUAUUCUCUUUUGUCAAAGCUGCUAGGCCAGAGCAAGGGGGUAGUUCACAGUCAUAAGUAUAACCCCAGCAAGAUGGAAAGACCCCAGCCUGACUCUGUGGCUCAGUUUAAUAACUUAUUGCAAAUAGCCUUCCACACCAGGGAGGAUCCUGUUUUGGUGAGGGACAGAGUCCACAAAUUGCAUCAGCUUGAGGCCAUGGCCAAGCCACAAAGAAGCAAGCUUCUAGCUGAAGACUACCACUUGGAGCAGGUGGGAGGCUGGCCCCUGGAUUCUCUGCAGGUGGGUCAGGUGUCAGGACUGGCCCUCGACUCAGAUUCUAACCUGGUGAUUUUCCACAGAGGAGACCAUCACUGGGGGGCAGACUCUUUUAACAGCCAGGCUAGAUACCAGCAGAGGUCCGUGGGUCCUAUUCAGCAGUCCACUAUCUUGGUUGUGGACCCAAUCAAAGGCACCAUCUUGAAGGCUUCUGGCAGAGACAUGUUCUACUUGCCUCACGGAAUAACUACAGACAAGAAUAAUAACUACUGGGUCACAGAUGUGGCUCUUCAUCAGGUGGUAAAGGUGAGCAGCGAUGGCAGAGAUAGAACAGUGCUGGCAUUAGGAGAGGCUUUCACACCAGGCAGUGACAGCAGCCACUUCUGCCAGCCCACCGACGUGGCUGUGGACGGAGACACUGGAAACAUCUUUGUGUCUGAUGGCUACUGCAACGCCAGGAUCCUCAAGUUCUCUGCUGAUGGCCGAUACUUGUCUGAGUGGGGUGCAGGCUCAUCAGACAGGAGGAGGCGCAUACCAUUCCGGAUCCCCCACAGCCUGGUAUUCCUCCCCGACAGACAGGAAGUCUGUGUGGCUGACAGGGAGAACGGACGCAUCCAGUGCUUCAUAGCCCAAACUGGAGAGUUUGUUAAGGAAAUCAAGAAAGAGGAGUUUGGGGGGGAGGUGUUCGCCAUCACGUAUAGCCCUGCUGGCGAUGGCUUGAUUUUCGCAGUAAAUGGGGAAUCUCCGUUUGGCUCAGCUCCACUUCGAGGUUUUGUAAUUGAUUAUUCCACCCUGGAUAUUUUGGAUAUCUUCAAACCAGAGGAAAAGGAGUUUAAAAUGCCUCACGACAUGGUUGAAAGAGGAGAUGGCUGCGUGUUUGUCGGGGAUGCAGGCAGUAAAUCAGUCUUCAAGUUCACCACUGAGAAGUUACAUCGGUCUGUCAAGAAAGCUGGAAUCGAGGUUCAAGAACUUGAAGAAAUGGAGACGUUUGUCCAAACUAAACUGAGGCCGGAGCACAAUAUGUCGAAGGCAGCAGCCGUCCAAGAGAAGCAAACUGUGGCUCGGCAUGAAGCCUACACAGAAGCAGCAGAGAAGAAGAAGAGUGCAGCUCAGCCCAGCAGGGGGCAGGCUGUUCUGCCAGCCAUCAUCACCACCCUGCUGCUCGUCCCUCUGCUGCUGCUGCUCUCCACCGGACUCUUCAUCUGCUGGAGAAAAAACAACCGAUGUGAGGUGAAAUCCGAACCCAGCUCUGUGGGAGGAAUCUGGGGGAAAAUAAGAGGUAAAGCUGUGGGCAGUCUGAACCUGGGGAACUUCUUUGCGUCGCAUAAGGGUUACAGUCGCCAGGGCUUCGACCAGCUGAGCACUGAGGGCAGCGACCAGGACAGACACGAUGUUGACAGCAGCGACUCGGAGAACGAGGAGUACUCCGCUCUGCCGCCGCCUCACCCCCCCUCUUAGACUCUUUGGCCAGUCACCAAGCUCCUGCUUACAGUGCUGAGUGUAUGCUUUCAUCACGUGUCUAACCGUUGUAAAGCUGCCAAUCUUAUUAUUUAUAUAUUUAAAAAUGUGCUGUAUAUAAAAAUAAUUUAAACAUUAAUGUAAUUUAAUCGUGGUCUUGAUAAAGCAUGGUCUUGGUAAUUCAUUGCACACAUUUCACUAUGAAAGAUUGUUUUCCCCAAAUCAAACUUGCAUUGAGUAAAACCAUUAGCACAGCUCUAAUGAUUUGGCCUUAGAUCCAGCCUUAAAACAAGACCAAAUCUCCAAAUGGCUUAAGCCAGUGUUUUUCAACAUUUAUUUGAGCCAGGGCACAUUUUUUACAUUAAUGAAAUCUUGAGUCCCCCCACCAACCAAAAGUGUAACAAAAUGACACAUUUACAAUGAAUAGUCUCUCAAUUUAUUUAUACUCACUCAGUGUGAAACCUGGGAGUGUUUAGAUGAACACAAAGCUGAUAUCCUGGCAGGAACUGAAGAAAAGCUCACACAAAGCUCUUCCUCAACAGCUCGCAGUCUCUCUCUGUUUUUAGUUUUUAUAGCAGUCAUGCUUGAAAAGCUCGCUUGGGACCAUGACACUGUUGUUAAGCUUUUCCCGAGACACCAAGCAUAACGGAGUCGGUGCAUCAGGAUCCCCGGUGAAAGUAAAUCCAAACUAAAGAUAACUUUUGCUGUAUUUUCUUGAGCUCACCAUUUUUGCUUUCUUUUGACCACCACUCAUAUUACUCUCUUCAUCUCCGUUAGAAUUUUGUCCCGGGUCCAGUUCGGAGUGUUGAAUGUUCUGCCUUCUUUGUAUGUGCCAUUACAAAAUGCAUUAUGGGAUUAAAACAGCUGCUGCUUUUUGAGCUUGUAUUAUAUUGAUGUCGCUUUCAUCUGUGUGUGUGUGUGUGUGUGUGUGUGUGUGUGUGUGUGUGUGUGUGUGUGUGUGUGUGUGUGUGUGUGUGUGUGUGUGUGUGUGUGUGUGUGUGUGUGUGUGUGUGUGUGUGUGUGUGUGUGUGUGUGUGUGUGUGUGUGUGUGUGUGUGUGUGUGUGGCUACAAACAUGGAACCACAUCAGCUGUUUGUUUUUUUUUGUUAAAUUUGUAGAAAUAAAGGUUUUAAGCAUCGUCAUUUGCUAAAUGGUAAGCCGUGAUUGAAAUUAUAUGAUGUGUUGCAAACGGGCUAAAACAUGAAAGUGUUUGUAUGGUGGAUGUUAAUCUGGAUAUGAAUUGCUCUUUGUCAGCUGUGUGAUUUUUUGUUUAUUGUGAACCUUUUUGCAGGGGUCCGUUGAAAGGCACGCUUCAGACUGCAAUAGUUUCUCAACAUUUUUAUAUCAUAGUUACCGUGAAAUAAACAAUUAUGAAUUGAUCACGUUUCAAAAUGUAUGGACAUGAAUAGAACACCAAGAAGAUGGCAAAAUACAUGUUAUUUCAAACGUAAUGGCAACAUUCAAAGUACUUUUUUUUAUGAAUCAAGUGCUUGAGUCGCAAUGCAAAAAUGAAUUAAUAAAACAAGUUCACAGUGCACACCUCAAAACAAAAGAGAAAACACAAAUAUGAUGGGAUAUGAUCACACUGUUCAGUUUAAUUCUGUUUCCUAUAGUUUUACUACAUUCGAUCUUUCAUUGCCUAUUGUUAAAAUGCAUCUAGUAUACUUAGACCCUGAUGAAAUAUUUCCAUUUCUAUCCAUAUCUAUUAUAUUUGUAUAUUGUUUGAAUUGCAUAUCCUAGAAAUUGCAAUUCCGAUGUUGCAGUUACGUGUGAGCAAUCGGAUUUUAAUUUUGACACCCUACUUUUUGCUGCAAGAGUAAUAUUUUGAUUAUAUAUGUUAUUUGUGUAAUAAAGUAUCUGCAAAGCA